AUGUACCGCAGAAAAAUCUUUCAGUCCAUCCCCUGGAAGCCCUGCCCCAUCCCGGCAAAAUUACUCCCAACGGCAGAUCUGGUUGAGGAAGAGCACACGCCCCAUUAUAAGCCGCAGCACUUUUACCCCGUACGUCUCUAUCAGAUCCUCAACAAGAGAUACCAAAUCGCCGCUAAAAUCGGUUAUGGGACGAGUUCGACUGUAUGGCUAGCGCGUGAUCUCCACCAGUGGCCAUGGCGCCCGCCCCGAUAUGUGGCCAUCAAAGUCAACGCAAAUAACUAUGCCUCUAAAGAAUCUGCAGAGAAAGAGCUGCGCAUUACUGAGCACAUCACAAAAACAAACCCACAGCAUGAGGGCCGCAAUUUUGUCGCUACCUUAUUAGAUUCAUUUCGCCUUUCUAGCUCGGGCCGCAGCCAUAUUUGCAUGGUGUUUGAUGCGCUUUGCGAACCGCUGUGGAUGCUGAAGCACCGAUUUGAGGGAGAUGUCAUCCCUCUUGAUGUCCUGAAACCGGUGUCGAAACUCAUACUAGAGGGACUGCGGUAUUUCCACACUGAAUGUCACGUUAUUCACACAGACCUCAAGUCCGAUAACAUCUUACUGGCGCUCCGCGACCCAUCUAUCCUAGAAACAGUUGCACUAGAUGAAAUGAACAAACCCUCUCCACGGAAACAACUCGACGGUCGGGACAUAUACCUAUCCCGAAAUCACUGGGAUCUGUCACCCGAUCAACUGGGUCGCUCCGUAAUAACGGACUUUGGGCUCGCCGUGCGUGGUGAUGGGCCCUUGAAUAGCCACUCGAUCCAGCCAGAGGGAUACCGUGCACCGGAAGUGUGGCUCGGGAGUGAAUGGAGCUAUAGUGCUGAUAUUUGGAAUCUGGGGGUUAUGCUUUGGGACUUGUUCUAUGGCCGUGGACCCUUUGAUAUACCAUCAAACUUACGCGGUUCAGAUGAAGCAGAUGAAGCCCAUCUAGGCCAGAUUAUUUCCCUCCUCGGACUCCCUCCACCUGAACUCCUCAGUCGUGGUAAAGAAACAUCUCGAUAUUUUGAUGCUCAAGGACAAUUCAAAUUCCCGGAACUGAUUGGAAAGAAGAAUCUGCUGUCUAUGGCGAAAGAUAUUGAUCAUGACGAGGACAUGCCUCAGUUUGUAGACUUUAUUUCUAGAAUGCUGCGCUGGAGACCUGAGGAUCGAAGUACAGCUGAGGAUCUGAUUUCGCAUCCGUGGCUUCUGCAGACUGAACUUGGAAAUGGAUAG